CCUUCAAAACCCUAUCCCGCCACACGUGUGAAUUCGGUUUUUGGAGGAAAACAGCCUGUCAUUUGUGUCUUUUGGUUUUGUUUUUUGUGUGAAAAAUAAGAAAAAUAAUUUAGAUAUGGGUCGUAAAGGUAAAGCUAAUCCUUUUGCUGCCAAAAAACGUCAAAGGCGUGAAAAUCAAGGAAAAGACACACGUCCCCAAGGACCAUAUGAGGAAAUUGUGCGUGACAAUGAAGCCUUCCUAAAGUAUUAUCACAUGCAAAAUAUAUGUGCCGACGAACAAGAGUGGCAACAGUUUUUGGCCUCCAUUCGUGACAAUUUACCGGCAACAUUCCGCGUGACGGGAUUCAAGGGUGAAGCCAAGGCUUUGCUGGACAUAAUUGAAAAAGAUUUCUUCACGGAAUACUUGAAAGGUGUGGCUGAGUUGCGAGGAAAAUCAGUGGAAGAGGUUGAAAAGCCAUUAUGUUUACCUUGGUAUCCAAAUGGUAUGGCAUAUCAGUUGGAUUUGACCCGCAAAGACAUUAGAAGGUCGGAACCGCUGUAUCGCUUGCACAAUUUCCUUAUUAAUGAGACAAAUGCGGGUGCCAUCAGUCGCCAAGAGGCUGUAUCUAUGAUUCCCCCACUAGUCUUGGAUGUAAAGCCCACAGAUAAGGUAUUGGAUAUGUGUGCCGCACCUGGCUCAAAGACUGCUCAAUUGAUUGAGGCCUUGCAUGCUGAGCCCGAAAAAUAUAAAAUCCCACCUGGCUUUGUUUUGGCUAAUGAUGUGGACAAUAAUCGCUGCUAUAUGUUGGUGCAUCAGGCCAAGCGUUUGAAUUCGCCUUGCUUUGUUGUUACCAAUCAUGACAGUGCAUUCUUCCCUAAUUUGUUGCAAUCCACAAGUGAUGGCACCAAAUCUAUUUUGAAAUUUGACAAAAUCCUCUGUGAUGUUCCUUGUUCCGGAGAUGGAACCCUGCGUAAGAACCCUGAUAUUUGGGGAAAAUGGAAUUUGGGACAAGCAUAUAAUUUGCAUGGAGUACAGUAUUGUAUCACCAGACGUGGCGCCGAAAUGUUGGAGGUUGGUGGUCGUUUGGUGUACUCCACCUGUUCCUUGAAUCCCAUUGAAAAUGAGGCUGUGUUGCAACGUAUUAUUGCCGAUUCCAAUGGAGCUUUAGAAAUAGUAGACGCUUCACACUUAGUGCCUGGAUUAAAAUAUAUACCUGGUAUGACCAAAUGGAAAUUGGCUUCCAAAGAUGUUGAUGAAACCUACAAUAACUUUGAGGAAGUUCCUGAAAAAUAUCACACCAUAAUUAGACCCAACAUGUUCCCAUUGCCCGAUAUUGAGAAAUAUGGUUUAGAGAAAUGUAUUCGUGUCUUACCUCACCUUCAAAACUCUGGUGGAUUUUUCGUAGCCGUUCUACAGAAAAAAGCCCAAUUACCUUUUGAGAAAAAUGACGUUAAAGACUUGUUGGAAAAACCAAAGCCCGAAGUAAAAGUUGAUGCUGAGGGAAAACCAAUUGAGGAAAAAUCCGUACCCUGGGGUCCCCAACGUAAACGUAGACGUCUUCAUGGCUACAAAGAAGAUCCCUAUGUUUUCUUUGAAGAAAACGAUGCCGAUUGGUUGGAAAUCAAGAAAUUCUAUGAAUUGGAUGACUCAUUCAACAGCCGUUGUCUGUUAACCCGUUGUAUCACAGAGAAAAAGAAAAAUAUUUACUAUUGUUCGGAAUUGAUUCGUGACUUGGUAUUACUCAAUGAAGACAAUAUAAAGAUCAUCAAUACAGGCGUCAAAUCGUUUGUACGCUGUGAAAAUCGCCAUACCCAACAUCCAUUCCGUUUGGCUCAGGAGGGUCUGCAAACAACAAAUGCCUUUGUCGGAUCCAGUCGUCGUAUUGUGGUGGAAAAGGAGGAUUUAAUUUUACAAUUGAAUUGUACAGAUCCCACAAAACCUCCCUCGACCUUGGAGCUGAAAGAGGCCACCCAGCAAAGGUGUAAAGAGCUAAGUGUGGGUAGCUGCAUUUUGAAGUAUAGCGAUGAACGCUUUACCUUGCACAUUGUUGGCUGGCGUGGAACCUCUAGUUUACGUGCCUAUGUAGAUAGCAGUGAAACCUUGCAUAUUUUACGUUUACUUGGUGCUGAUAUUAGUAAAUUUGAGGUCAACAAAUAUGAAAAGGCCAGAGAAGCGGCUGCGGCCUUAGCCGCUGCCGAAGAUGUAUCCGAGGAUGUUGCCAAAGCUGCCCAAGAGGUGCUAGAGGAAGUAGAAAAUGAUUUAAAUGAUGCAGCAAUAACAGAAUAAUUUCUUAGUUUUUAUUUUAUUUUUGUAUUUUAUAUCACUCUCUCCAAAAAAAGUAAGAAGAAAUUACAUUUUAAUUGUAUUUUUUAUUAGUUUAAGUUAUUUGAGUAUGUGCUAUUGCAUAUUUGACACUAAUUGAAAAAUGAAAUACAAACUAUUUUCUUCAAUAAAAAAAUGUAACAUUCAAUCAAAA